AUCCCUUUUAUUCCUUGAUUUCUUUUUUUUUUGUCUUUGACUGCUUUAAGUAGUUGCAGAUAUAUUGCAGACGGGAAAUCCGCCACUGGAUGGCGCACAAGUAUCUUUGUUGGACUCAGGAAAAGACUAGUUUAAGACUCAAAUUAGUUACAUAUACUGUACAUGCAUGCUGAACGUGCCAUACAACAGCAAGGUUAACCGAUGCAGCCCCUUUCAUUUCGGAUUAAUCAGGGAGAGACAUGAGAAACUCACAGCAUAUAAAUGGCAGACACUGAGAGCAAGUGAUAUCUGCCGUCCCGAGGGACCUCUGAGCGCACAACAUUGAACUAAUUAAUAUGUAAACAAAGCCAUUAAGUCCACGCAUGUGCUCCUGAUUAUGGGAUACUUCGGAGGAGUCUUGUUGCAGGGGCUACAUACAAAGAAUGGGCGUGAGUUGUCCCUCGAAAGGGAGCCCAGAGACUCUUGUUUUUUCAGCACCAGCGAUCCGAGCGCUCAGUUCACAGUCUGCGAGAGACAGAACGAGCAUAGCAGCGGGAUGGAGAGCACAGGAUUUACAGUAACAGUUGUCUGAACACACUCCCAACAUCAACUAAGACGCACACGAGGGAGGGGAGUCACAGCCGGAGAGGGUCUGAGUGCGUCUGUGUGUCAGAGGGUAUUUGAGAGAGUGAGGGAGCAUCGCAGAUUGAGGAAGAGAGAGAGAGAGAGAGAGGGAAGAGGGAACGGAGUAAGUCUGGACCAGGUGAUCGAGUACUAACAAACCUCCAAGGGGCUGCCGGGUUGUAUCAGUGUACACGGGAUCAGCGAUCCGACCAUGGUGCCCGCGCGCUGUCCGGGACCCUGCGCCAUGCUGGCUCUGACCCUCCUCUUGGGAUGCGGCGUGGCUUUCUGCCUCGGCCAGAACGACACAGAGCCCAUCGUGCUCGAAGGAAAGUGUCUUGUGGUGUGCGACUCGAACCCUUCUUCGGACGGAGGGGUCACCUCCUCGCUUGGCAUAUCAGUCCGCUCCGCUGGGGCAAAGGUGGCUUUUUCCGCCGUGCGUGGGACCAACCAUGAGCCGUCAGAGAUGAGCAACACGUCUAUGACCAUCUAUUUUGACCAGGUUUUAGUGAACAUCGGCAACCAUUUCGAUCUCAAAGCAAGUGUUUUCCAGGCUCCGAGGAGGGGGAUAUAUAGUUUCAGCUUUCAUGUGGUGAAGGUCUACAACAGACAAACCAUACAGGUGAACCUGAUGCAGAAUGAUUAUCCGGUUAUAUCAGCAUUCGCCGGUGACCAGGACGUUACGAGAGAGGCGGCCAGCAACGGAGUACUGCUGAUGGUUGAGCGGGAGGACCGGGUCUAUCUGAAGCUGGAACGGGGCACCCUCAUGGGCGGAUGGAAAUACUCCACCUUCUCAGGCUUUCUGGUCUUUCCUCUAUAAUCUAAUCUGCGAUGAUCCACGUCGCACGGGACUCUGGUUAUGUUGAGGAAGAAAAAAAACAUGUCAUUUAUUUUUAACUUAAAUAACUGUCAGCCAAGGAAGCCGACGAAUAUCUGUAUACCUACACUCGUCCACUAUCUAGUCAAAUAUGAACGUUUCCUUGGAGUUUCAUCUAUUCAAAUCCAUCAGUCAACUUUAACGCAAUCUGGAUGAUUAAACGUAUUGAUCGGCCAGUGGCGUGUGCUUGUCGGGUAUGUGGAUUUUUUUCUUGCUUGGAGAACAAACUCUGCCAAAAGACAAACGGGUGUACCUGGGCAAAAUGGACACGGGCGAAGACGAUGAGCGGAAGAACUGAUGUCCUGGACAGGCCGAGUGUGUUAUGCUCUAUUUUAUGUUUGUAUAGCCUUAAAGAAUAUAUGGUUUCCGUCCAAGUGAAUUAGGCUGUAUGGAAUUAUGGACAACCAGAGAAGAAGUGCUUUCACGCCCAAGGCAUUUUUUUGCACGAGUGGAAGUUUAUAUUUUAUGUUUUGUGCUGUCAAUGGUGUUGCGUUUGGAUGCUGAACAUAUUGAAAAUAAGCCAAAUGUAGGCCGCCAACGAGUUUAUUAAAACAGAAAAAAGGCUACAUAUUUCAGCCACCGGAGACGACUUAGAGCCCUUUUAUUAAAAAAGUAAUUAUAUAAUUUAUAAAGUACAUAUUCACAUUAUUGUGUGUUCUACAUUUCGGAAUCUGCGUAGCUUUGACUGAUUUAAUGUUCAGUGACGUUGCUCACCAAAUGUACAUUGUGGAAAUAAUAGAAGAAUCCCUAUAUGUCCCGCUUAAUAAAAGAUAUUGUA